AUCUUCUAUUUGUUAAAUCAAUGGCUAAAGGGAACCUAGCAGUUAUCAUUCAGUUCAUACAAUGUGCAAAGGUUUAUAUAUAAACCAAUUAAUAUAAUAUUAGAAAUGAAUAAAGUGCGUAAAAUGGUUCAUUUCUAAAAUCAGUAAUAUAUUAUUUAUAUCAGCUGUUUAAAUUAGGUAUGAAUCAUCACGUGACGUAUUUAAAGUGUGAUAAGUUGUGAAGGAAAUAUGGGAAUAAACGAAACUUCUAAAUUUUGUGAUAGACAAGCAAGAAAGACGAAUGAACCCAAGAUGGCAGUAUCAUUAGUUCAACCCUCAGGAGAGAUGUGGAAGAAGAUCAGAGUGGAGCUGAAUGAAGACAUCAACACUAGAGAAAGAGAUUUAGCAACCAUCAAAGAGUGGCUGCGGAAACAACCCCAUCUGCCGAACGAAUGGGAUGAUAACUGUCUGAUGACCUUCCUCCGCGGCAGUAGCUUUUCAUUGGAGAAAUGCAAGAGAAAACUCGACAUGUACUUCACCAUGAGAGCGGCCUGUCCAGAGUUCUUCGCCAACCGGGAUAUCAACAGAACUGAACUCACGGAACUAAUGAGCAGGGCUCAAGGCCCUACCCUGCCUGGUCUUACUCCGCAGGGACGCCGUGUCACGUUUUGCAGAGCUCUCGAUAAAGACGUAGACACCAACAUGCUGAACGAUGCGUUCAAGAUCGCGAUGAUGAUUGGAGACAUCAGACUGAAGGAGGAGAUAGAGGGAGUCGCAGGAGAUAUCUAUGUUCUAGAUGCUUCUACUAUAAUACCCAGCCAUCUUGGCAAAGUGUCCCCCGCUGCGAUAAAGAAAUUUAUGAUUUGUGUCCAGGAAGCUUAUCCUGUCAAAUUAAAAGAGGUGCACAUCAUCAACGCAUCUGCUAUAGUCGACGCUGCAUAUAACAUAGUCAAACCUUUCCUCAAAGAGAAAAUGAAGAACAGAAUAUUUUUCCACACCGAUAUCACCGAGUUACAAAAAUACAUUCCUAAGGAGAUUAUACCAAUUGAAUAUGGUGGGAAUGGUUGCUCCAUGGAAGAAGUUAACAUUGCAUGGAUGAAGAAACUUGAAGAAUACAUACCCUGGUUCAAAGAACAAGAAAACAUCAAAGCAGAUGAGGCUCUUCGGCCAGGGAAACCAACAAAUUACGACGAACUCUUUGGUAUAGACGGCUCCUUUAGACAGCUCUCCAUCGACUAAAUUUAAUUAAAAUUAAGUAUAUUAAUAAAAUAUUUAGAAUGCUUGUAUUUGAAAAUAUGAAUAAUUUAGGUUCAUUACUUCUAAGGUUAGUAGGUGAAAUAUUGAAAAUUAAUUUGAAAAAAAAAUGAUUCAUCAUAAUUAACAUUGUUUAAAUUUAAAUCGGGCAACGGUACAUAGAAUAUUUCAAUGGUCGCAGUUUACUUUCUUUUUUGAAAUUCCGAUACGCAGUAUUUUGAAACAACAUAAAGAUAGUUUAAGUGAUGCAUGGAUCUAUCGCUAAAACGAACCGUGUGAGUGGUCAUUUAUAAUCAAAGUGGCGCAUAUGUUUAUCGCCAAUUUUAUUCAUAAGCAUGAUUCAUUGCUCGUAUUAAAUAAGCAUUAUUAUUCACAUAUAUAUUAUAAAAUCAAGAUGAUAAUUUUGUCAUUAUGCUUUUAUAGAUUAUGAAAACAGUAAUUUCUUUUCAAUGAAGGGGAACUUUAAACAAGUAGUGUAGUUUGUAUGGAGAUUUUAUUAUUAAGCUAAUAUUAAUUCAACGUGGUGUGUCUGUGAUAAGAAAUUAUUCGAUGUUUUUAAAUAUAGAAUUUAUAUUUAAAUAA